GGAAGUUAUUUCAUUAUGAUUUUUUCGAGAAAAUCCCAAUUUUACACCAUGUCUCACCUUGAUAAAUUACGUUUAUGGGGCAAGCCGAUACGUGUGAUGGCCAGCAAACACCAGGCCGUGCAGCUGCCCAAGGAGGGCCAGCCGGACGCAGGACUCACACGUGACUACUCCCAGAAUCCGCUGCAUCGCUUCAAGAAGCCGGGCAGCAAGAACUACCAGAACAUCUAUCCGCCAUCGGCGACACUGCAUUUAAGUAACAUUCCCUCGUCCUGCUCUGAGGAUGACAUCAAAGAAGCCUUCACCUCGAACAGCUUCGAAGUCAAAGCAUUCAAAUUUUUCCCCAAGGACCGCAAAAUGGCGCUGCUGCAGCUGUCAUCCGUGGAGGAGGCCGUUCUGGCGCUGAUCAAGAUGCAUAAUCACCAACUCUCCGAGUCGAAUCAUCUGCGUGUGAGCUUCUCCAAGUCGAACAUCUAGAAUCCGAUCCGUAGUCAGGUUCACUGAACCUGACUGGGUGCAACCGGCAGCUACAUGCACCACCAGCACCACCAGCUGCAGCAGCAGCACCACCUCCACCACACCACGCUACAGGUCUAUUGGCAGCAACAGAUACAAUCUAUAAUCCGCAGUACAAGGAGGAUGCAUCCGCACUUUAACUGAUAAUUACCCCAUCGAAUCCAAUCGAAUCACAUGCCACAUGCCACAGACCCAAACCCAAACCAUUUAAAUCCAAUCAAUUCAAAAGUGAAGCAACCCAGCGGCAACAAUCGAAGAAUGAGCUAUACAAGUUUUAAUUAGACGGAAACCGGCGAGGAAUCACCGACUAAAUUGCUAAAAACCACUAAAUAAUAAACAAAAUAUAUUUGAAAUUUAAUGAGGAAAUAGCAUUUCAACUUAUGGCGCACGCAGACAGUCAGAGAAACCACAAAACAAAACAAAACAAAACAAAAACAAACAAAACAAGAACCCACUAAACAAUCAGCAACAUCGUAACUUAAGCUUAACUUUAAAACUAUAGUUUAUAAGUAUAUUGCAUUGCAUAACAUAAAAAAACAAAAACAAAAACAGAAGCAAAAACAAAAAACCAACAAAAAUAUAUAUAAAAAAGUGUAGAGAGUAAAGUAAUGAGAGGAGCAAAGGAGAUCGUAACUUAGAGAUAUUUUUAGUGCACUGUACUGUGUUUUGGUUUUAAAAAACGACAGAAAGUCAGAAAGAAGAACAAACAAACAAACUAAACAAAAACAAAAAAACAAAUGAGAGAAAUUAUGUUAAAAAUGAAUUAAGGCAAAGAGUUUUAUUAUGUACAUGAUGCUGUUAUUAUAUUUUAAAUGAAUGCAACUUAACUAUAAUUUUUUACAAAGUAUGUAUGCAACUUUGAAUGCAACAAUCGCAUAAAACGUAGCUCGUAAAUGUUUUUCAUUUUGUUAGUCUUAAAGAGAGUGAAAGCAGGCAGGGCGUAGUUCAUGAGACGCGAAGAGAGAGUAUUUAGAAAGACCGACCGAGAGUCCCGAAUUGCACAUUGAAUUAGAGCCAGGGUGAAGUCGAUGUGAAGUAAUGUUAAAUGCAACUUAAGAAGAAUGUAUUAAAAUCGAAAUAAAUCUAAAUCCAAACCCGAAA